AUGGUUAUCUCUGAAUCCUUAAUUUUCAACUAUUCCUUCAUCCCCAGCAGAGACAUGAGCAACACGAGGUGGGAGAACCAGAGCAGCGUGUCCGAGUUUCUCCUCCUGGGGCUCCCCAUCCUACCCGAGCAACGGGGGGUCUUCUUCGCCCUGUUCCUGGGCAUGUACUUGACCACGGUGCUGGGGAACCUGCUCAUCAUCCUGCUCAUCAGGCUGGACUCGCGCCUCCACACCCCCAUGUACUUCUUCCUCAGCCACUUGGCCUUCACUGACGUCUCCUUCUCAUCUGUCACUGUCCCGAAGCUGCUAGUGAGCAUGAGCACUCAGGACCUGUUGAUCUCCUAUCCAGGGUGUGUUUCACAGACAUAUUUUUUCAUAUUCUUUACUGACCUGGACAGCUUCCUCAUUACAUCCAUGGCCUAUGACCGCUACAUGGCCAUCUGCCACCCCCUACACUACACCACCAUCAUGAGCGAGGGGCUGUGUGCCUCACUAGUAGCUGCAUCCUGGGUCCUGUCCUGUGCCAACGCCCUUUCCCACACCCUCCUCCUGGCCCAGCUGACCUUCUGUGCUGACAACACCAUACCCCAUUUCUUCUGUGACCUUGGUGCCCUGCUCAAGCUCUCCUGCUCAGACACCUUCCUUAAUAUGUUGGCCAUGUUCACAGUAGGGGUGGUGGCCACCGCCCUGCCAUUUGUAGGUAUCAUGGUCUCUUAUGGCUACAUUGGGGCCACAAUUCUGAGAGUCCCAUCCACCAAGCGAAUCUACAAAGCUCUGUCCACAUGUGGCUCUCACCUCACUGUGGUUUGUCUGUAUUACGGGGCAAUGUUUGGCCAGUAUUUCUUCCCCACACUAAGCAGUUUCAUCAACAAGGACAUCAUUGCGGCUCUCAUGUACACAGUGGUCACGCCCAUGUUGAACCCCUUUAUCUACAGCCUCAGGAAUAGGAACAUCAAAGAGGCCCUCAGAAAACUCUUAAGUAGAGCUACAUUUUCCUCACAGUGA